CUAAUAAGUUCAUCUUUUCUUCAAUACAUCCAACCAUCUAUAUAAACCCCUAUUAUUUCCCAAAUUAUACACCUCCUCAACCAACACAUCCUACAUUAGGGUUAAUCUUCCCCAACUUCAUUUUUCCUAGAAAAAAAAUAGUAAUAAAGAAGAACUCAAAAAAAAAAAAAAAAACAAAUGAAGAACGUUAACUCAACAUGUGGUCUUCUCAUAAUAAUCGCCUCCCUUCUCAUCGCCGGCGCCACCGCCGAAACCCAAUGGUUCGAAAACUUCUGCCGGGGAAACAAAAACACAACCAAGCUUCAUUUCUACGUUCACGACGUGCGAACUGGUCCCAACGCCACCUUGUACACCGUGGCCAACGCCUCCAUCACCACCACUUCCCCCACCGGCUUCGGCCGCAUCAACGUCUUCGACGACCGCGUCACGGCGGCGCCGGACAUCGGCUCCGAGGAAGUGGCGAGAGCGCAGGGAACCACCACUUCCGUAGACCUCCAAGUCUCGGCGGCCUCCAUGAACUUAAACUUCUAUUUGACGUCGGGGAAGUUCAACGGCAGCACCGUCACCAUCAUCGGCCGGAAUCAGUUCACCUUAGCGCAACGGGAGCUCCCGGUCGCCGGCGGCAGCGGGGCUUUCCGGUAUGCUCGCGGAUAUGCAAUUACUAGCAGUUAUUCUAAUGAUGCGACCACCAAUUAUAGUGUGCUCGAGUACACGAUUUAUAUCACCACUUCUACAAAAUGUUGAACGUUUUAUUAGUACAUGCAUGUCGUGUGUAAUAUAUAUUAAGAUGUCAUUUUAUUUCUGAUUUGUAUGUUGAUUAAAUUAUAUGAUUUGUAUGUUGAUUAAAUUGUAUGUUGAUUUGUAUGUAAUAUAUAUUAGUACACGAUUUAUUUGAUUUGUUAGUUGUUGAUUAAAA